AUGCGUGAUUCGGAUUUGCCCGGUGCUGUACCGGCUGAUAUCGUACGCCACUACCGCGCUGAGAAUAGAGCGCUGGGUAGUUAUGCUACCGAUUCGAAUGUUUUCCGUGGCACGGUUACGAUACUUAUCAAUGAGAAAUGGGAAUCAGACGGCGUAGAGCUGCUCUUUUUCGACCCUCCGCCCAGUUUGCUUGAAUUAGAGGAUAAGGAUAGGAAGGGGAUUUUUGGAGAUGAUCUGACUAAUGAUGGGAUGUUGGUGGUCCGCGACGUUGCUCUUCGAGGCCCGGCUGGGUUGAGCAUAAAGCUACGAACGCUGGCUGAGAAUACACGCGAUUGGAGUGGUCUCGAUGAGCAAUCAAGCAGCCAGCCGGUCAGGAUGAGGUGGUUCCUGACGCUGCCGGCCUCUCUGCUGCUCAGCAUCGCGCUGCAAACCCAAGUCGUAUUAGCGAUCGAUAACGACUUCUCGGCGUACCCCGAGGGCUCGCAGCAAUGCCUAAACGACGCGGCCGACCAGAGCAAAUGCUCGGGCAACACGGGCAACGAAAUGAACAUGUGUCUGUGUUCCAAUAAGGGAAACUUCAUCUACAAUACCGCCGAGUGCGUCGCCAAGCAGAGCCCCGCCGAUCUCAACGCCGUCUACGAUACCAUGGAGAACAACUGCGCCGGCACGGGCGUCACCAUCGCCGUCUCCAAGCAGGCCUUCCUCUCGCAAGCCGCCGCCGCCACCGCAACGACGUCUUCCGCCACGCCAACAUCCACCUCGCCAACUUCCACAUCAGAUUCUCCCACAGCAUCACCUACUACAACAUCACCUACAGCAUCACCCACAACCUCCGACUCCCCCUCCGGAACCAGCACCCUCUCCUCAGGCGCCAAGAUCGGAUUAGGCGUAGGCAUCGGCUUCGGCAGCGUAGCGCUCGGUCUACUAGGCUGGUUCGUAUUCGCGUACUCGCGCCGCCGCCGGGCACACCACCCGCCCACCGACGCGGAGCUCUCGCCCAACGCAGCCUCCACCCCCCUGCACAACGGCAGCAGCAGCGCGUACCAGCCGUCGCCCCUUACGCCGGCGCCCGAGUACGCGCAGCACAACGCGCAGUUCGGCGGCGUCGCGGAAUUAAGUCCCGCGACUGUGCAUAGCGGGUGGAAGGAAUUGCCCGCGGAUUACUACGGCGGCGGCGGCGGGGAUAAGAAAGACGGUGGUGGUGGUGGUGGUGGUGGUGGUGGUAAGAGUGACGGGGGAUACAAUUACAAGGGCUCGUCCGGCGUGCCGCUUCUCGCGGAACUAGACGACGGACGCGCGAACUCGCCGGCGCCGGUCGAGUUGCCGGGGAGCGAGGUGUACAACGAUACUAGCAGCGUGCAUACGCCGGCGCAUAGUGCGCAGGGCCCGGAGAGCGGAUAUCGGGAUCAGGAGCUAGGGAACGGGCAUGGAGCAGGAUGA